AUGUCCUACAGAGAUAUGAGAAAUUUCACAGAGAUGAUGAGAGCAUUGGGUUACAAACGUCUGAUCUCAAUGGAAAACUUCAAGAAACCUGUUUUCCCACUGAUGGCUGAUAUAAUGACAUGGCUAGCUCUAAGAUUUGAACCAAAUGCAGACAUCCCAAGAGACAUAGAGAGUCAGCAAGACAGAAUCAUCUUCAUCAAAUAUAUCACCGAAUUCAUGGCGACGAAAGUCAGCACAAAAGUCAAUCCCAAAAAACUCUACGAGUCUGAUGGCUACUCGGUGAAGGAGAUGAUCAAAGUCAGUCAGAUAUUGUACCAAGCCAUGCUAAGCAGUGCUGAUGGUGAUGGUGCUAAUGGUGAUGGUCAUGAUGACGAUGAUGAUGGUAUUACCGCUCUGAGUGUUAUGUCUGAUCUGUCAUCGAAAGUGCACGAGUUGAAGGAAGCGCGAUUGAUGACGAGCGAGCUGAUAAGGAAGGGGGCCCUACUUCACGAUCUGCUCGCUAAGGAGGUUGAUCUUAAGCUGGCUCGUUUGAACGCCCUGUCGAAGCAGCUGGAGCUGGGUGACGUGGAGAGGCUGCUGGCUGAAAGCGAGAAAAGCGUCCAAACGGAGUUGGCAAAGAUAAUGUCGUUGAUCGAAAGCAUCGCAUCCGAUGAAGCCAAUCUGGAAGCGAAGAUAGAGAAGAAGAGGGCGGAGUUGGAAAGGAACAAAAAGAGAUAUGAAUCGUUGCAGGGAGUGAGACCAGCCUACAUGGACGAGUUUGAGAGAUGUGAAGAGGAGCUGCAGCAGAUGUUCAGCGAGUACUUGGACAAGCAGAAGAACUCCUCAUUCCUCGAACUCAUCUACGAGAAGUACAACAAAAUUGAACAAGACUUCUCUGCGGUUAGAUCAUCACAUAAUUGGGUUAACUCAGUUAACGUUGUAACCGGUGUGUCGGAGUCGGAUAAAAAAUAUCCGACUCCGGUCCCUCAAAAAAUCCGUUUCCGAUUCCAGAUAAUAAUAUUUGACUCCAGUCCCUAA